AUGCCCAAAAGAACAAUCAAAACACGCAUCCUAAUCCUCUCCGACACCCACGCCGCCGUCCCCGGAUCCAGCAACUCAAAGAUCCCCUUCCACCAGCCAUUACCAUGGGCCGAUGUUCUCUUGCACGCCGGCGACCUCACCCUCAACGGAUCCUUAACUCAACACCAGAACGCAAUCGACUUGAUCCACAGCGUCGAUGCACCGCUCAAGAUCGUCAUCCCAGGAAACCACGACGUGACGCUCGACAGAGAGUACUACUCCCAAUACCCAACUGACCACGGCCCUACAAGUGUCUAUUCCGACGAUCAACUCGACGAGAUUCGGCAAAUGUACGACUCUCCCACGGCACGUGAAGAGGGUAUUUACUAUGUCGAAGAAGGCAUUCAAAAGUUCAGGUUAGAGAACGGCGCGAGACUGAAUGUUUAUGCGAGUGCGUAUCAGCCCGAGUUUUUCAACUGGGCGUUUGGGUACAAAAGGUCCACCGAUAGAUACAAUUCCCAACCGGGGACCAAGAAUCCGGUUCCUGAUCAUCAUGCCCCAGCCCGCCACGGUAAUGGUGACGCCGCUAAAGAACCAGAAAUCGACAUCAUGCUCACCCACGGCCCGCCACAAGGCAUCUUAGAUUUGACGAGUGCAAACGAAUCCGUCGGAUGCCAACAUCUACGUCGAGCGGUGGAACGGUGUCUUGCCCGUCUGCACUGCUUCGGGCAUAUCCACGAGAGCUGGGGUGCUAUCGUCAAACGCUGGGACGGGAUGUCAACGAAAAAGACAUGGAAAGGUGUGAACGAACAGCGCGACAACAGCGACAGAGGAGGUUUCAAUACCGACAAGAGGAAUCCGAAUAUGUACUAUCAGGACCUAUCAUUCAGGACUCGGGUGGAUGGCGAGACACUACUUGAUCCGGGCACGUAUGAAGACCAAAAGAGCAAGAUGGGCGCGUACAUUGAUAUGACUGGGCUCGAGGCAGGCAAGGAGACGGUGUUUGUCAAUGCGAGUGUCAUGAGUUUGGGGUAUAAACCCCUGAACGCACCAUGGGUGGUUGAUGUUGAGUUGCCUGUUGCUGAUCCUGGAGACGAUGACCACGGUCAAUGA